UAUGGUUUUCGGAUUCAGAGGCAGCAGAGAAUUGAGAUGCAGUGCCAGAGGACAGACGGCUUGGUGCCAGGGCGUCGACAACAGUGGCAUCCCAUAUGAGUGACUGACCUCUCUCCCAAGGCACCAACGUGAGUCCAUUCAGAUAAGUUAAUUGUAAAAAUCCUGAAGAUGCACAUAGUUGCGAAAACGUUUUAAAUUCACUUUUCAUCAAAAGUUUCUUCAGUAAUGACUUUGUCGACCCGAUGUUAAUGGACCACACAUUGAACUGGCUCUGGGUGAGACGAUUAAAAGCAUGUGAAGCUGUGUUCAGACGCUAGCCAGUCGUUUCAGAACCUAGCUUUAUUUUCCGUCGGUAUGUACUUGCGGGCGAACGUUACAUCUAUUCGCGACAAUCGUGUCUGGUUUUCCGGUUAUCAGUUUUCGCGAAUUUCAAGGUCGUCACGUGUUUUUAUUUUUUAAUGAAUAUUUUAAAAACAGUCAUGACAGUUCAAACUGACCCUUACUAAAUCCGUUCUUUUUAGCAAAAAAGAACGUGAAUCAUCAAAAUCAGCAGAUCGUACCAUUGAACUUCUUUGAAAUAAAAUUCGAUUUGUCGUGUGUUUUUAUGGUUAAUGUGGUGGAAUGGCACAUCAAGAUGUUGCUGUAUUUUUUUUGACCUGCUCUUGUCUCUUCUGAUAACCGGUGGUUGAUAUUUUUUUUGUUACUUUCAGAUCAAUGAUGUGACUGCUACUUGAAUUAUUAUUAUGUGAUUGAUAUCUGGCUAUGCUAGAAACGAUUCUUACACGGUAGUAUAAAAGUGGUAAUUAAAAGUGAUGCUUUGAUAAUGCAGUUCUCAAUCCCUAAAUGGGAGAAUGUAUCGUCCUAUAAUUCGACGACGGGACACCAAGUGUUUCACAUCCACUUGAAUGGAUUCCUGCAUUCUAAGACAAGAUUUAGCAAUCUGCAUGACCUUCACACCAAGUUGAAAACAUACUACCCGGAAAUUCUCGAUGAAAUGGGAAUCAAAUUUCCUCCGAGACAUCUGAUGGUUCUAAAUUCAAGUGAACUUGAACUCAGAAGAGACAAAUUGGAAACAUAUUUACAAACACUCUCUCAAUGCGUAGAUAUAACAACGGGACCAGAAUUUACGGCAUUCCUUAUCAAACAACAAGUUUAUACCUUUCCUUUCUCUAAGGAUAAACAGAAGCAGCCUUUUCCGCUUACUCUUCCAGAUUUUUCUACUAUGAUGUUAGAUGUCGAGCCAUCGGCUUCUUCGGUCAGCGUUUUACUAAAUGCAUCCGAAGUUCUGUUACUCCCCAAGCAGUUUCUUUUUGCUUUUAAACUUGUACUGGUGGAGCUGCAAGACAAAGUGCUUAUCUAUCACAAGUUACUCUUAGCGUGUGAGUGCCCAGCACUAGUUCUUGUAGGUGCCAAACAGGAAAUGCCUUCAUCGAAAUUUGCGAUUUUGCUUCGAAAAAUGCUGUCUUCCAAUGAAAUUGAGGAGCAGUUGCUCCGCAACCCAGUUGUGGCUAAAUUAGUUGCGGAUGAAAUCAGGCAGGACUUGAAGUUCAGUUUCUGUCUACCUAAAGAUACUAAGAACAACCCGAAAACAAAACUGAUAGAAAAAUCAAAUGAAGAUUUGCUGAACAGUUUAAGCAAAAUGCGAUAUUGCAGUUAUAUAAGGUUUCAGCUCUGCGUCGCAAAUUUUCCUGAAGAAAAGACUUAUGUUGUACCACGAUUCGGUAAAUAUGAAGUUUGCUUAGAAUAUAAUCAGAGCGAAGGAUCUAGAGUCUGCGCUAAGCUGAAGGUUUGUCGAAUCAAAUGCUGGAGUGUUGGCGAGCUAACAGAACCCAAUAUUUAUAAGCAGUUUAAUUAUAAAUAUGAGCUUUGUUUCGAGUACUACCUCGCUCACGACAAAGCCUGUGUAGUUAAAAUUUUAACCAAUGAGGCAGUAAUGAUGAGUUUGUGUAUCCAGCAAAUGAUCGAUGAAAUGUCGCUGAUUAAUGCCCAGAAAGGCAUCGAAACCAUCAUGCUACCCGAUGAUUACGAAAUACAGAUCGAUCAAAUUAAAUCGGACGAGACUUCGUCCCUCACAACCUUAUCGUCGCUUGAAAACGAGCCCUCUGUCUUAGAUUCAAACUGCAUCGAAUGUCGCAAUAUGACCUCAACAAGUUCUGCGUCAGUGGAUCGAACAGCCCAUACAGCUGAGAGCCCUUCGCCGCUACAUUCCAAUGUGCAAUACACUGCAAAUGAGGGCGCUUGGCUAGAGAAACACAGAUCUAAGUACCCAAUGUUGUCUAGGUUGAAAGAAUCAUACUUCAGCAAGCAGAAUAUAACAUUUACAGACGCUAAUACGGACUUCGACCUCUAAUUCGUUAUUUGCAAUUUUUAGAUUUAAUCACUCAUUUUUAUGGUCACGAAUUUCAUUUUUAGGAUCUCUUUGACUAUUUCCCCACUUUUGCAAGG